AUGAGCACGCCCAAGGCAGAACCCGUCCCCAUCCCGGGGCCGCGGGGCGUGCCUCUCAUGGGAAAUAUCCUCGAUAUUGAGAGCGAAAUCCCCCUGAGGAGCUUGGAAAUGAUGGCAGAUACUUAUGGCCCUAUCUAUCGGUUAACCACCUUCGGUUUCUCACGAUGCAUGAUCAGCUCCCACGAGCUAGCAGCCGAGGUGUUCGAUGAGGAGCGGUUUACCAAAAAGAUUAUGUCCGGUCUCAGUGAGCUUCGCCACGGUAUCCACGAUGGUUUAUUCACGGCCCAUAUGGGCGAGGAGAACUGGGAGAUUGCCCAUCGCGUUUUGAUGCCUGCCUUCGGGCCCCUUUCCAUUCAAAAUAUGUUCGAUGAAAUGCACGACAUCGCGACACAGUUGGUGAUGAAGUGGGCUCGACAAGGGCCCAAGCAAAAAAUCAUGGUCACAGAUGAUUUCACCCGCCUUACAUUAGAUACCAUUGCCCUAUGUGCCAUGGGCACCCGAUUCAACUCGUUCUACAGCGAAGAAAUGCAUCCCUUUGUGGACGCAAUGGUUGGGAUGUUGAAGACUGCAGGCGACCGGUCCCGUCGCCCAGGCUUGGUCAACAACCUGCCGACAACGGAAAACAACAAGUACUGGGAAGAUAUUGAGUAUCUCCGCAAUCUGUGCAAGGAGCUUGUUGAUGCCCGCAAAGAAAAUCCGACGGACAAGAAAGAUUUGCUCAAUGCUCUGAUCAAUGGCCGUGACCCGAAAUCCGGCAAGGGCAUGUCAUAUGACUCCAUUAUCGAUAACAUGAUCACUUUCCUGAUUGCCGGACAUGAAACCACCUCCGGGUUGCUCUCGUUCGCCUUCUACAACAUGCUCAAGAACCCCCAGGCCUACCAGAAAGCGCAGGAGGAAGUGGACAGAGUCGUUGGACGCCGCAAGAUCACCGUUGAGGACUUGCAAAAGCUGCCUUACAUUACUGCGGUCAUGCGUGAAACCUUACGACUCACCCCUACAGCGCCCGCUAUUGCAGUCGGCGCUCACCCGACCAAGAACCACGAAGACCCCGUCACCCUCGGCAAUGGAAAGUAUGUUCUUGGCAAGGAUGAGCCAUGUGCUCUCUUGCUGGGCAAGAUUCAGCGCGAUCCCAAGGUGUACGGCCCUGAUGCAGAGGAAUUCAAGCCAGAGCGCAUGCUGGACGAGCAUUUCAACAAGCUGCCUAAGCACGCAUGGAAACCCUUCGGAAACGGAAUGCGAGCAUGUAUCGGUCGGCCGUUUGCCUGGCAGGAAGCGCUCCUCGUCAUCGCAAUGUUGUUGCAAAACUUCAACUUCCAGAUGGAUGAUCCCUCGUACAACAUUCAGCUGAAGCAGACGCUCACCAUCAAACCCAAUAAUUUCUAUAUGAGAGCUGCCCUUCGCGAGGGCUUGGACGCUGUGCACCUCGGAUCAUCAUUGAGCGCUAGCAGCGGCGAGCACGCAGAUCAUGCUGCGGGUCACAGCAAGUCCGCCGCUGAAAAGUCCGCCGAUUUGAAGCCUAUGUAUGUCUACUAUGGUAGCAACACUGGAACCUGUGAGGCGUUCGCAAGACGCCUCGCCGAUGAUGCCACUGGCUAUGGCUACUCGGCCGAGGUUGAUUCGUUGGAUACGGCCAAGGAUAGCAUCCCCAAGAAUGGGCCUGUUGUUUUCAUCACCGCGUCUUAUGAAGGACAGCCCCCAGAUAAUGCCGCCCAUUUCUUCGAAUGGCUCAGCGCUUUGAAGGGCGACAACCCCUUGGGCGGCGUGAAUUAUGCUGUGUUCGGCUGUGGACAUCACGAUUGGCAGUCAACCUUCUACCGUAUUCCCAAGGAGGUCAACCGCCUUGUUGGCGAGAAUGGUGCAAACAGACUCUGCGAGAUGGGCCUGGCUGACACGGCCAACGCUGAGAUCAUCACGGAUUUCGAUACCUGGGGUGAAACCUCGUUCUGGCCAGCAGUUGCCGCUAAGUUCGGUGGUUCCAACACCCAGGGCUCCCAGAAGUCAUCCACUUUCCGUGUCGAGGUCAGCUCGGGUCACAGAGCAACCACCCUCGGUCUCCAGCUGCAAGAAGGCCUUGUCCUGGAGAAUGCGCUCCUCACGCAGCCCGACGUGCCUUCCAAGCGGACAAUUCGCUUCAAGCUCCCUACGGACACCCAGUACAAGUGCGGUGACUACCUGGCCGUUCUCCCAGUGAACCCCAGCAGUGUGGUCCGCAAAGUCAUGAGCCGUUUCGACCUUCCUUGGGACGCCGUGCUCCGCAUCGAGAAGGCAUCUCCCUCAUCCUCGAAACACAUUUCCAUCCCAAUGGAUACCCAAGUCUCCGCCUACGACCUGUUCGCCACCUACGUCGAACUCUCCCAGCCCGCAUCGAAACGUGACCUAGCAGUCCUCGCCGCCGCCGCCGCCAUAGACCCCCAAACCCAAGACGAGCUACAGGCGAUCGCUUCUGAUCCAGCGCGAUUUGCCGAGAUCUCCCAGAAGCGCAUCAGCGUACUGGACCUGCUGCUGCAAUACCCUUCCAUCAACCUCGCGAUCGGGGACUUCGUCGCCAUGCUCCCUCCCAUGCGAGUCCGCCAGUACUCCAUCUCUUCUUCCCCCUUGGUCGACCCCACCGAAUGCUCCAUCACCUUCUCCGUCCUGAAAGCCCCAUCACUCGCCGCCCUCACCCAAGAAGACGAAUACCUCGGCGUAGCAUCCACCUACCUCUCCGAACUCCGCGCCGGCGAACGCGUGCAACUCUCCGUCCGCCCGUCCCACACCGGCUUCAAGCCCCCCACCGAGCUCACCACCCCGAUGAUCAUGGCCUGCGCCGGCAGCGGCCUGGCCCCCUUCCGCGGCUUCGUGAUGGACCGCGCCGAGAAGAUCCGCGGCCGCCGCAGCUCCGGCUCCAUGCCCGAACAACCCGCCAAAGCGAUCCUCUACGCCGGCUGCCGCACCCAGGGCAAGGACGACAUCCACGCCGACGAGCUCGCCGAAUGGGAGAAGAUCGGGGCCGUCGAAGACCUCAUGAUGGAAGAUAAGAAGGAGCUCGUCGAUCUCUUCGAAAGCGGUGCAAGGAUCUACGUCUGCGGUACGCCGGGCGUGGGGAAUGCCGUCCGCGAUGCGAUCAAGAGCAUGUUCCUCGAGAGACGGGAGGAGAUUCGUCGCGUUGCGAAGGAGAAGGGCGAGCCCCUUUCGGAUGAUGAUGAGGAGACCGCUGCGGCCAAGUUCUUUGAUGAUAUGAAGGCGAAGGAGCGGUAUACUACGGAUGUUUUUGCUUGA